UCCACCGGGAACACAAAAGAGAGUCGUAUCUCCUACUCUUCCCCCAAUAUUCACAAUUUGGGGGAAUAGAGAGACGUAUCAGACGGUGAAUUACUAAAAAUGGCCGGCUCAAAUCUAUCCUCAUUGUGAAUAUAUGACAGUGUUAUUAUUAUAAAGGCCAGACGUUGUGCCUGGCGGAGGACAUGCAAGAACCAGAAGCAUAUUUACCCUAAAUUUCCUGCAAAUUUACUCCCUUGGAUCUUCAAACCCUAGAAAUCUCGAGCCCCGGAGAAAAAAAAUCUAAAUUUCUUUGUCAUCUGGGGUCUAUUCUUCGAUGGUUUCGGCACACUUGGUCCGGUUGAGGAAAUUCAAGCUCUGCAACAUGAAUGAGAGCUAGGGGUGUUUCACGGGGCUCACCUUUGGGGUUUCGGUAACGCUGGGGCACUGUAACUCUAGGUCGUGGUACUGUGCCUGUGUUGACUGGCUGUGUUUCACGUCGCGAAUGGAGGUUGAUUUGCCUAUGGAGACUGAUGGUCUCUCUCCUUGUGACCGUAUUGUUCUGAGACUUGUCCAAUUUGGACUGCCUAAAUCGUAUGCCGAGAAAUUGCAACCUGGUCUUGUUGCUUAUGCUAAGAUGAGCAAUGCCCAAUUGUCGAAGUUGGUACAUACCAUCUUACCAACAAAUGAGGUUAUACUUGAGGCCUGCUUAGUUACCGGAUUGGAAGAGGCCAGACGAGCUUUGAAUCUUCAAAAAGUGAAAGAUGAGUUUCGAGAAAGCAUUUUGUGGCUACAAUGGCUAAUGUUUGGAAAUUCUCCACACACUGUAUUGGAGAAUUUGGCAAAAAGUAGUACUGGCCAGCAUGGUGUUUGUGGAGCAGUUUGGGGUAAUCAGGACAUCGCCUAUCGUUGUCGAACUUGUGAACAUGACCCAACCUGUGCAAUUUGUGUGCCCUGUUUCCAAAAUGGUGACCACAGAGGCCACGACUACUCUAUGAUUCACACUAAUGGUGGAUGCUGUGACUGUGGAGAUGAAACUGCAUGGAAGCGCCAGGGUUUCUGUUCAAAACACAAGGGGCCUGAACAGGUCCGGCCUCUUCCAGAGAAGAUUGCAAAUUCUGUGGAUCCUAUUCUUGAGGAGCUUCUGGUUUGUUGGAAAAAUAGGUUAUCAGAUGCAGAAACUAUUGCUCAUAAGUCUCCUAGAGAUGGAAACCAGAAUCCCAUACUGACGAUUGCAAAUGUAAUGUCUUGUGUAGUUAUUGAAAUGCUAUCAGAAUUUUGCCAGUGUAGUGAAAGUUUGCUCAGUUUCAUUGCUAAGAGAAUGUUUUCAUCAUCCAUUAAUUUAUUGGAUGUUCUUGUAAGGACAGAUAGAUUCUUGAUCAAGAAGAUUGUUAAGAAGCUACAUGCAUUGCUCUUAAAAUUGUUGGGUGAUCCAAACUUUAAGUAUGAAUUUGCGAAAGUGUUCAUAAAAAAUUAUCCAAGCAUCAUGUCUGAAGCUAUUAGAGAGUGUCGUGAACAGCGAGAAGGGAUUCUCAUGGACAAUGGAUCUGAGAAGUAUCCGCUGCUGUCCAACUUCUCUGUACAAAUCUUUACGGUGCCAACUUUGACCCCAAGACUUGUAAGGGAGGUUGAUCUUCUAGAUGUCCUGCUGGGAAGUCUGGAGGAGUUUUUUGCAUCUUGCAUAGUUGAAGAUGGCCAUUUGCAGGUUGGUAGAUUUUCUGGUUUAUAUGAUCUCUGUUUUCGCUUGGUUGAAGAUAUACGCUUUGUUAUGAGCCACACAGAGGUUACCAAGUUUGUGGCUUUAGAGCGACGAGAUAUUUCAGAAACAUGGAUAGGGCUUUUGGCUACUAUGCAAGGCAUGGACCCCCAAAAGAGGGUUACUGGUAUUCAUGUUGAGGAGGAAAAUGAUAGCUGGAGUUCCUCCUUUCUGCUGGAGCAUGUAAUGGCAAACAUACAUCCUCUCUUUGUAACGGGGGCUUUUUCUUUAGGUGAUGACAAAGAGUUGAAAGAUCAUCGUCUCUUUGAUAAAUGUUUACUUGAGUUGGAUGAUGGUAAUCUUCGACAUGCAAAAAUUGGUAGACUCUCUGAGGAAAAUUCUGUUCGUAGCAUGACGGGGAGAAGCAAUUUAUGGCAUAACUCCCAGGAGAUUAACCAAGUGUCUGUCUCAGAAUGCUGUGAUUCAAUUCCUUCUUCAGUGACAUGGUUGAUUUUGAUAUGCAUGAGAGCCAUUGAGAACUGGUUGGCACAUGAUCCAGCGAGGGGAUUACAAGGAACUUCUGAUAAUUUGUUGAGGAGAUGGAAAUCAAAAUCUAAGACUAAGAAAAAUAGAGGCUGUAUAACUGGAAUGGCUGGAGAGAGUACCCCACAGCUGGACAAAGAAUUGGCAAUCAGUAGUGUAUUCAGUUUGCUGGAGUGGCCUGAAAUUAUUUAUGAUGUCAGUUCACAGCAAAUAUCUUUUCACAUUCCUUUGCAUCGAUUCCUCUCACUAUUGUUGAAUAAAGCCUUGGAAACAUAUUGUGAUUCGUCUGGAAUGGCUCACACUACAGCUGCCAGUUCACAGAGUCCAUUACCUGGAGGUUCUCACGAGUUCUUAAGAAAGAUAUUGGGAAGAUGCCAUCCAUGUGGUUUUUCAGCCUUCAUGAUGGAAAAUCCAUUACGCUUAAGGGUUUUCUGUGCACAGUUGCAAGCUGGCAUGUGGCGAAGGAAUGGCCAUGUAGCCAUUUCCCUCUAUGAAUUGUAUCAUUCUGUACGAUGGUGUGAACAAAGUUUAGAGCUCGAUCUAUUUCUGUUGCAAUGUUGUGCUGCUUUGGCCCCACCAGAGAACUUUGUUCGUAGAAUUCAGGAAAGAUUUCGGCUGUCAGAUUACCUUUCUCUAAAUCUGAAUCGCUCUAAUGAGUACGAACCAGUUUUGGUGAAGGAAAUGCUCAUUCUUAUCAUUCAGAUAGUUAAAGAGAGGCGAUUUUGUGGACUUUCCAGUGCUGAAAUAUUGAAGAGAGAGUUGAUAUACAGGCUGGCUAUUGGGGAUGCUACUCACAGUCAGCUGCUUAAAGCUCUUCCUCAUGACCUAUCCAAUGAUGACCGGCUUCAGGAAAUUUUUGAUACUAUUGCAACCUACAUGAAUCCAUCUGGCAUGCAACAGGGGAAAUAUUCUCUUCGUAAGGAGUGCUGGAAAGAAUUAGACCUAUAUCAUCCACGGUGGAACUCAAGGGAUCUACAAGUGGCAGAAGAAAGAUAUGCUCGUUUCUGUGGGGUUUCUGCCAUGGCAGUGCAGCUACCUCGCUGGUCAAAGGUGUUUCAUCCACUUAGAAAUAUCUCUUGGAUAGCCACUUCCAAGGCUGUCCUUGAGAUUAUUCGGGCAGUUUUUUACUAUGCUGCUUUCUCAGAAAGUUCUUCAGCUUCACGUGCUCCUGAUGCAGUUCUUCUUACUGCAUUGCACCUGCUUUCAUUGGGAAUUGAUAUAUGCCUUAUGCUAAAACAGGGUAACACCAGUAAUUGUAAUGGCAAUAAUGACUUGUCAAUUACCCCUGACCAGGAGUAUGCAGGUACUCCAUGCAAUGGAGAAGAUCCAUCAUUUCCACUGUUGUCUCAUGCAUGUGAAGAGGUUGAGGUUGGUGCGACUCAUGAACCUGAAGUAUCUAAUCAUCAAAGCUUACUUUCUCUCUCAGUUUUGCUAAUUAAAAAAUACACCAAAGAAAAUGAGUCUGGUGUUCUUGAAUCAAACCAUUGCAAUAUCCCCUCAUUGAUGAGAAGCUUGUUAAAGAAGCUUGCUGAGCUUGAUGCUGGCUGCAUGAAUGAACUGAAACAUCUUGCGCCUGAGAUUGUUUGUCAUUUAUCUGAGCGCUCACACAAUUCCUCUGAUUUAGUUGCUUCUGAUUCUGAGAGAAGAAAGGCAAUGGUUCGUGAGCGUCAGGCAGCUAUACUGGAGAAGAUGAGAGCAGCACAGUCAAAGUUUAUGGCUAGCCUCAACACUAUGCCAGAUGAUGGGUCAGAGUUGUCAAGAUCUAAACCGGAAGAAUUCAUGUUCAAUGACACACGUAAUUCUGAAGAGCCGAAUGCAGUUUUUUGUUCUCUAUGUCGAGAUUCAGAAUCUAGAAGUCCACUGUCUUUUCUGGUUCUUCUCCAGAAAUCUCGCCUUUUGAGUCUUCUGGAGAAAGGCCCCCCAUCAUGGGAUCAAAUUUAUCACAAGGACAAGGAUGAAGCUGCUUAUACAAGAGGUCCAGGUGAGAUUACUCAUGCUGACUUAGUGGAGUUAAUUCGGAAUGCAGUGAAUGUGGUCUCUCAUGGUCGUCAGACCGCAGAAGUUGAUGAUUUUCUGGACAACGUUCGCGUGCAACUUCCUUCUGAAACACAGUCAGCACAUCCCUCUGAAUCUUAUGGAUCAAAUGAAAAUGUUUCGUCUUCUUCAGUUAUGAUGGAACACGAUACUCCCAAUUCCAGUCAGCAAAGUAACUCCUAUAUGCCAUCAAGCUCAAGUAACAAUGAUGAAGAGAAUUCACCCAUUUCACACUCAAUGGACGGCUCAGUGACAAGCAGGGAUGCAGAUGAUGAUGUUCUUAGAGAAUAUGCUGAAUCAUUACCCGGAGAGCUUUCGGAGCAGCAACUUGCUGCUGAGAAUGGGUUUCUUCCUCAUAGGAGUGCAUCUUCAGUCCCGGACUGUCAGUCUUUAUCCUUUGAUGGAUUUGGCCCUGUAGACUGUGACGGUAUCCAUAUUUCUUCUUGUGGGCAUGCUGUACAUCAAGAGUGCCGUGAUCGUUACUUGCAAUCACUUAGACAAAGAUAUAUUAGCAGAAUCAUAUUUGAAGGAGUGCACAUUGUGGAUCCAGAUCAGGGAGAAUUCCUUUGUCCAGUAUGCCGAAGGCUGGCAAAUUCAGUCCUGCCUGUAGUUCCCGAUGGUUAUCCAUCAAACAAGAUUCAGAAGCAUAUGUUGUUUUCAAAAAACUUUAGUUCGAAAUCCGCUCACUCAUCAGUUUCAGUAUCUCAUGGUCUUCGUCUUCGUCAAGCUUUAUCAUUACUACAGGGGGCUGAAGAUCGAGUUGGAAGGAGUGGGUCUCGGGGAGUUAUCUCUGCAAGAAUCGAUGAGCAAAUGAAACCGGCCCUUGAAUCUGUGUUUCAUGCUCUCAGUAAGAUGUAUUUCUCAGAGAGGAGCAAUACUUUAUCAGCAUCUGGGAGGGUUUGCUCCUCUCUGCUUCUUUGGGAUGUGCUUAGGUACUCUCUGAUGUCAACCGAGAUAGCUGCUCGGCAUGGAAAACCAAAUAUGCCUAUUAGGAGUUCGCAAGCCAGCCUGGAAGCUCUUUAUAAGGAGGCUAAUUCUUCCAUGGGAUUCAUAUUGGGUCUUCUACUUCAAGUUUGCCAAGCCACGCAGAUUCAGAGCCGUAGUUUGGUGCUUAUGAGAUAUAGGGGGAUACGACUUUUUUUGGGCUCUAUUUGCUCUGGCUCUUCUUUGGAUGAGUCUUACAAAGAUACCCAGAGAGGUGAUUUAUCAUCACUUCUUAAGAAUUUUGACAAGGGAAAACUCUGCCCUGAUAUUCGCUUCUGGAAACGGGCUGCUGAUCCAGUGCUUGUUCAUGAUCCCUUUUCUUCUCUCAUGUGGGUGCUAUUUUGUCUUCCACUUGCCUUUCCAUUAUCAGAAGAAUCAUUCAUAUCUCUUGUGCAUUUGUUCUAUGUCGUCUGCAUGAUUCAGGCAGUAAUCACCUGUUGCAAGAAACGUGUCUUUGAUAUAUCAGAACUAAAUUCUGGUGGUCGCCUUGUUACUUCUAUUUACAAGAAAUUGGGAGAAGCUUUAAUCAAUGAGCAGCAUUUUGGAUCCAAUUAUUUUGAUGGCUCUUGCCCUCCUGUUACGAUGAUCCGUAGAUAUACCUUGCCAUAUCUUCGUAGAUGUGCAUUAUUGUUAAAAUUGCUAAAAUCUUCAAUGUCUGCUCCAUUUCAUGGUACCUCUCAUGUGUGGGAGAGAUCAUCCUCACAUAUGAGCAUUGAUGAAAUGAAAAGCAUUGAUAGGAUAUCACUGGAGCUUGAAGAAGUUCUAGAGCUUGAGAACAUGUUUCAGAUUUCUCCAUUGGAGGAUGUCCUCGAGGGUGAAGAGGUGCAGACUUUAGCCAUGAAAUGGUGUGAACACUUCUUUAAGUCAUCAGGAGUUCGUUCUUAUGGGCAUGUCAUGCUCUCUACUCCUGCUAUUCCAUUUCAGUUGAUGUGUCUACCGCCUAUUUACCAGGAUCUCUUACAGAGGUAUAUAAAACAGCAGUGUGGAGAAUGCAAAAUUAAUUCGGAUCACCCGUCAGUUCCUGCACUGUGCUUGUUAUGUGGAAGGUUAUGCAAUUUAAACCGGCGUUCAUGCUGCAGGUUAUGUGAUUGUCAAUCUCAUGCAACAGCCUGUGGUGCCGGAAUUGGUGUAUUUUUGUUGAUCAGGAAAACUACCAUCUUAUUGCAAAGAUCCGCACGUCAAGCACCAUGGCCUUCCCCUUACUUGGAUGCCUUUGGUGAAGAGGAUAUCGAUAUGCAACGAGGAAAACCGCUAUAUUUGAAUGAGGAACGCUAUGCAGCUCUUAAUCAUUUGGUUGUCUCACAUGGCCUUGAUCAAAGCUCUGAAGUGCUUCGCCAUACGACCAUCGAGACACUCUUUGCUUUUUAGUUGUUAAUGAUUAUGGAUUACCCAUGAUGUCACAGAAUCUUCAAAUGGAGAAGCAGUUAAGCCCUUGUACUUGAGUUGUUCAGAAAUAAAGGCCCUGAAUAUUUGGUGAUGGACAUAUGGAUAAGGGAGAUGCAAAAUGGAGAAAGUGAAAUGAUAUCCAGUGUAAACUCCUUAUUUUCACCCAUAUGGUUUUUCUGUGCUUCUGGAUAUCAAAAAUGGGGAGCUGUGUGGACCACCUCACAUCUUUCCAUGUGCAAGACGUGCCUUCUCCUGUUGUUCCAGAUGGUAUUCCCCACCAUGAUAGAAGAAAACUCCAGGUCCUUUCUUCACAUGGUGUGCUUGUACAGUUCUCGCAUUUGUUACAUAAAUGUGAAUCUUGAGAUUUUAUUGAUCACUGUUCAUCGAUUCAGUCCUGUAUAUAGCUGAAAUCUGACCUUUCUCUCUCUCCACAUAUUUACUUGAAGGUUUUUUUAUUUGGGGACCACAUGUAUGUGAUUAGGGGGGUAUUUAUGAAAUGAAUUUUCAAGUCAACUUUGUGGUCAGGAUGUGUUUGAUAACUGGAAAGUAAAAAUUGAAAGUUUUUCUUUGUUGGGAAUAAAAAAGUUACUAGUUUUCUGUGUUU